AGCCUCGCCCCCAUUUCACCGGACGGCAAUGUUUACUAUGCGUUGAAACACGUCAAAGGGAACGAGACGGAUCAAAACAGAGGAGAAGGUGGAAAUAGAAUUAAAAAAAAAAUGAAAAGCAAAUGUUUGUUAUACGGAGAGUGAUUGAAAUAUUCGCCUGAGACGGACAUCCCGCGGCUUGCGGUGGGUGGAUUCCAAUGAAGCUUGAGGGCACCGCCAGCCGAGGCUGCAGCGGCCAAGGUGCCCUGCAAACCACUCGGAGGAGCUCGCACGCGUAGCUGAAGGCACAGGUUGGAUCAGUGGCGCUUUCACCCCUCCCUCCUCACCCCUCCUCCUGGUCAAGAUGGUAGCUUGGAGUGGAGGCGCCUUGUGGCCGGGGCCUGCAACGAAAGGCCGACGGGGGAUGAGUGAGUGAGUAAGUGAGAGAGAGAGAGAGAGGAGCAGCAACCCCCCUCCUGGAAAGGCUUUGCAGACUCCAGUGGCUGCUUGAGGAUUCAUGAACGUUUUGCACGCUUGCACCUCUCGAACAGAGAUUGUUUCGCGACGAAGGAAUUUAUGCAGAUUGCUCCUCUCUUCUUCCCCUGCUCCCGUCCUUUCGUUGGUUUAAAAACAAAGUUUUAAUCGUGGACACUAUAGAACAGUAAAGGUGAAAUAUCUGUCAUGAGUGUUCGUGAUCAUGUAGCAUCAGACAUUCGUUUUCACAGUCGUUCUUUUACACUGCCUUUUAACGUCAGCUGAAAGAAGAUUCUUGUUUGCCACUCGUUCUCAAACUGUUUGCAGCGCAUCGUUUUGGAUUUACUUAGAGAAGAAGAAAACAAAGCUUCUCAGAAUUGCAAUGAUUUUGUGAAUUCUGAGCAUUUUAAAAGGAAAUUGUUAACCAGAAUACUUCUUGUCUUUUUCUAUUACCUUGUUAUCGAAAGUCACUGAGAUUGAUUAAGAUAGGAAAAUAAUUUUUGUGGACGUUGCUUUUAAAAAAUCUAAAUGAUCAAAAUCUGGGUAAACAUGUCUGUUUAAACCUCUUCAGUAUUAUAUGGUUUCAUAUAAUAAAGUCAGAUUCUGAAUUCCGGGAAAGAUGCAAAGUGUUUAAUUGUAACUGUGCUUUGAAUCCAGAGGGUGCAAGCCAUUGGAAAGGACGUGUCAGAACGUAUUGCAGUGGAUGCCAGUUCUAUUCCUCUUGAUGGGGAAUUACAGUGUGUUAAUUGUUUGGGACUAACCUCAGUUUGAAAUCAAAGUAAUAUUUGCAGAAAAGAAGUAUCAGUAUAUUUGGAUAGGUGGUGGUGGUUGUAACUUUCUAAAUUCUGCAAAUAAUCGGGAACAGCACCCAAAUUUGUUUCCCUUUUCAGUAAGAUGCAAGUUAUUUUGUUGAAGAUGUAGAGAGAUUUGUAUGAAAAAUCAAUUAUAUGUAUUUUGUAAGACAGAAGUCACGAACUUUAAUUUGUGAAGAGGAAGAAACCAUUCUCAUUUGGAAUUUAAUUGACAAAAAAAUUUACAAAUGAUGGCUGAAGAAUCAGGACAAGCUGAGAUUGACCCUGACUUCAAACCACAGGUUCGUCCUAGAUCCUGCACUUGGCCUUUGCCAAGACCAGAACUGACAACUGUGAAGCAGGAGGAUUCUGCCACAGGAACUCCCACUGAAGAAGAAAAGCAGGAUGUUGCUGAUUCAAGUGCUAUAAAACUAGAGAGUGAAGUUAGCCUGAGUGCAGAGGUCUCUUCCCAGAGUGCUGCAGCAAGUGCACAGCGUAAGAGUUCUUCUCGAAGAAAUGCAUGGGGCCAUCAAUCUUAUGCAGACCUUAUCACCAAAGCUAUUGAGAGCUCACCAGAGAAGAGGCUGACACUGUCUCAGAUCUAUGAUUGGAUGGUCAAAUCUGUGCCUUACUUCAAGGACAAAGGAGAUAGCAACAGUUCAGCUGGGUGGAAGAAUUCCAUUCGACACAACCUUUCUCUGCACAGCAAGUUCAUCCGAGUCCACAAUGAAGCAACCGGAAAGAGCUCUUGGUGGAUACUUAAUCCUGAAGGUGGCAAAAGUGGGAAGUCACCCAGGAGAAGAGCAGCAUCAAUGGACAAUAAUAGCAAGCUUGUAAAGAGCAAAGGAAGGGCUGCGCGGAAAAAGGCUGCCCUUCAGGCUGCUCAGGAAGGAAGUGCUGAGAGCCCUAGUUCACAAAUUUCCAAAUGGCCUGGAAGUCCUUCCUCUUGUAACAAUGAGGACUCUGAGACCUGGACCAGCUUUAGGCCAAGAACGAGCUCUAAUGCUAGUACAUUAAGUACUGGACACCUGUCCCCCAUAGUGCCAGAACAGGAUGAUCUGGAAGAUGAGCUUCAUGCUACACUAGCCUACCCCAGCUCUUCAAGCAAAUUACCAUCAACACUCACUGAAAACAUAAUUGAAGAACUUGAACUCAUUGACAGUUUAAACCUCAUGCCACCAUCAUCUGCAUUGUUGCCAACCCAGCAAUCAUUAUCUGCUGGCUUGAUACAGCAAAGCUCAAACUAUACAUUUAGGUCACAGAGCUCUGACUCUGGGUCAAAGACCUCUGCCUAUGGGAACUCUUUCUAUGAUUCUUCUGAUCUGACGUCUGUGCAGAGUCACUUCAGUGUACCUGCAACUCUUGAAGCCCUCCUGACUUCGGAGUCGCCAGCUCAUACAGAUGUGAUGAUGAGCCAAGUUGACCCUGUCAUGCCACAGACAGGUGGACGACUAGCCAGUGAAAAUCUUAUGCUGUUGAACAUCGACUCUAUCAACAGUCCAUCUGCAGAGUCAAAAAUUAACCAGCCCAGCCAACAAGGAAAAUCUGCAGGAUCACCAGCCUCAUCUAUUAAUAUUAUACCUCAUGCAUUGAAUAUGCUGGGACCACCGCCUGAUGCAAACCAAAUGCCCACUUUGAAGGCCCAACUCCAGACCCCAGUGAGCCAGGCUCUGCAAAUUGAUCUAUCAUCCACCAUCAACUCAAACGGCAGCAGCAACUCUUCAGGAGGAGUGAAUAUGAAUCAUGAGAAUUUCCCUCGAGAUCUUGAUUUGGAUAUGUUCAUGGAAAGUCUCGACUGUGAUGUGGAUUACAUAAUUGAUCAUGAUCUCAUGGACGAUGAAGGACUUGAUUUCAAUUUGGAUCCUAUUGCCACGAAUCCAUCUUAUCCCAACACCUCACAGUCGUCUUCUCGUAGCUGGGUGCCAAGUUAAUUUCAAUACAGGUUUGUUUGUCAGCUGGCAGUCAUCUCUCUUCACAAAGAAGUUUUAUUUUAAACUAAUCCAGGAGUCGAGUAUCCGUUCCUGUUUAUUCCAACAAAUUCAUCUAAGAAGAUACUUUCCUUCUGCCGUGCACUCUGAUUCCAGUGUGGUUGAAACCCAUCCAAAAUUAUUUUCUGGUGUGAUUCUGGAAUGUCAUAGUGCCAACACAAUCCAUUUGAAAAUGCUUAUUACAUUACGAAGAAUUUCUCGGAAGGAAUUGCACACACUGAUGGGGAUGUUUAUUUUUGUCUGGUUCUAAACUUUUGGUGCAAUGAUCCUUGAUAAUGAAAAUAGUGCAAAUAUAUAGGAUCCUAACAGUUGAGCAAAUAUGAUUAUUGGAACUUUUUUUCAAAGUGCAGAACAUUUUUUUUUAAAAAAGCUAAUUGGUAGCAAACCAUUUUGUUCUUUCAGAGCUUGCAUUGAAACACUACGUGGAAGUAAGUCAUUCAGAUUUCCAACAAAACCCCUCAAAAUAAAUUUGCAAUACUCACAUGAAAAAAUAUUAAUUGAGCACAAACCAUUGUGUUGGACAGAUGAAGUGAAAUAUCACAAAGAAGCAUAGAGUAUGUAGACUGAGGAUUUCCUCCUUUCUCUCUCUCUGAUACCGUUCACUACAUUCAGUAUACAUGCUGUUUGGAACUUAAAUUGAGUAAAGUCAGAACUAUUUGUAAAUAAGGAUUAAAAUGCAAAGAAAGAAAUGCACAGAUAUUUUCCAGUAAAACUGUGGUGACGUAAAUUCCUUUUGGAAUAGAUUAUAAUUAAUCCAAUCUAUUCUAGCAAUGCUAAGGCAUUCAGCCUACACACUCAUACCCAAUUCCGUAUGUUAGUAUUAUACAUUUUAAAGCCAACAAGAAAACCAUCAGUUACUGUGUAAUUUCAUUUUAGUGUGCUUAAUGUGGACAUUUUGAUUGCGGCAAGUAAAACGUCUAGUCCCCCUCUCCCCCAUUGUUCUCACUCCAUUCUUUUAACAAUUGAAUUUAGAAUUAACUGUCGAGUGAGUUUUGGAACCCUGUCUAAUAGCCCGUGGCUCAUUCUUUGAGAGAGGGAGGUUGAUUUCAUUUUGCCAUGUUGCUUAAUGAAGGGGAAUGUGAGCAAACCUCACAAAUUUGGGAAAUUUUCCUUCAAGUCAAAAAAAAGCAGUUUGACUGAAAUUUGUACUACUCUCCAUUUAAACUGUGCCUUCUACUUUAGCACUUAAUUUUGUCCAGCAUCCUGGUAUAGUACUGGGAUUAAACACAUGGCAUAUAUGUCUGUGUCCUUAUGACUGAACUGAUUUCCCCCUCCUGGAUACAGGCUUUGUUUCCAUGAAACAUGCUUUUUCAAAUGCCCUUGUUAUAUGUAAAUUCUAAAUGAUGAAAGUUGCCAUUGGUGAGAUUUUAAAGCAAGACCAAAUUACUCCUCUAGGAUGGGCGUAAAACGUUCCAGAACAAUCUUUGAAAAAGAGUGUGUUCUUUCAAUGACUUGGUUAAUAUGGACUAGUAUUAUUAAAGCAAAUUGUCUGGCAGUGUAUUUCAUGGCAAUAUGUGGGAUCUCGCUGAGCCCUGGACAGCUGUUUUAUUUCCCUACAACAUUGGCUAGACUUCAAAACUACAUCAUUGGGUGAAAUAUACUUGGGGAUCAUUUGAUGUUAUGAAAGGUGCUAUUCUCUCUAAUUGAAGAAGAUCUCAUAUGUCACCCAUAUGUCCAUUGCAGAGGAGGAAGUAAACACGUUGGUUGAUUUAAACUAUGUAAUUAAGUCAAGAAGUGGCUUUAAUUCUACGAGAUAAUGCUCUGAACUAUAAGCAAGCCUAAAGCUGUCAAGGAUUAGUUUGCAUAAACAACCUAGGAAUGAUUUAUGAGUCACCAAAUAACUUGGAUGUCUUCAUAAGCUCAAAGUUUAUAGAUGCUGACUAUCAGAAAUCACUUCUGGGGCCUAAUGUACACACUAAGGUUUAUAAAAUUGAACUUGAUCUGUUUGAGGUUGCAUUUCUGGACUGAUGUUUGCUGCAGUCACACAAGCCCAAUGCACUCUUGAUGAAUUCAUGAGGAUGUUCUUGCUGAAGGAUUAAGAAUUGUGGCUUGAUCACCUGCAUGCUGUAUCAAGAAAUAAUCUUUAUUGAAGUUUGUUAAUUUUUACAUACUAUAACCAUAGAUUCAUAGAGUACAUAGGACCCAAACUGCUUUCAUCCUCCUCAAUCCUACUUUGUACUCAUUUUUUCCCCAUGAAACACACUCCUUUUUAACAAAAAUAUCUUUUGCUACAUGCAAAAUCAGAAUAUAUAAUGAGGGAAAUUGUGAAAUUGAAUUGAGAGGUGAUUCAAACCAAAAAUGGUUUAUUUAAAAAGUUAGUACUGGGUGAUACAAUUUAAAGUUUGUAUAGAUGGUGUAAGUAUAAAUAAGACAAUGGAAAUUGGAAAUGUGUAUAUUUUACCUCUGGGCUAGUGUUAACUCAACCCAGAUUUGCAAUGAAAGUUUAGAAUUAGGUUGUGAGGAUUUAUUUUUAUGAAUUACUAUUGUUAAUUUUGAAUGCUUCCUUGCAGCCCAAAGCACUCCUCUAAUUUAGCACUAAAUUAUGAAGCGCCCUCAGACAAUUGGUGUCUGGUGGGAAGAAUACCAAGUAGUGGUAUAAUCUUUAACAUGAGGCACUUUUAUUUAGGCCGAACUUGUGAGUUUUGUCAAUGACCUUAGAUGUUAAAAAUGACUAUUGUUUGAAUUUGCCAGCUUUAAUGUUUUUAACUUAAGGAGCAAAGUUCUCUUUUAAACGAUUCCUGGAAUGGUUUUAAAGAACUCCCUUCUCUCCCAUACGCUCUCCUGCCACUUUUUCAACCUCCAGUAGCAGAAGUUCGAAUUUUUUAAAAUUGCCUUUUCAUUGCCAGAGAAAAAGAAAAAGAUGGGUAAUCUUAUCUUUUAUAGUGGAGGAAAUUCUUUUGGGAGAGAAUUCUAACCGCACACCCCCUACCCCCUCUUCAUUUUAAUGACUAUUUAAUAACAAUUAUAGCACUUAAUCCUCAGUUUGCUGUAAAACAGCUUGUGGCCCUUUAUGGUGUAGGCUGUUGGCAUGUGUGCUGAGGUUGUGAUGUUUAACAAGAGGGAACAGGCACAGGAGUGAUUGGUGGUCACUGUUACGAUUCCCAGUUCUGCUCGUCUCAUUCACUGGCAUGUAAGUUCUUUUUAAUGUUUUUAUAUAAAACUACCGAGGAUUAGAGUCAAGAGCAGAUGUGCAUGCCACAUAAACACUAAAAACUAACUAGUUCAUGGAAUCAAAUUUUUAGACCUUUUAUGUUCACAUAAACCUGCCUUUACCUCUCAGGGUGAUUCUGAUUAUAUUGCUAGUAUCAAAAAAAAACAAGGCAAGUGUGUUUUUGUUUUUGCUCUUUAAGGGCAGUAUGCCAGAUUCAAGUGUUUACAGACUAAGUUAAUUGCAUAUACAUUAAAUGUCUUUACUACAUUUUUGUCCUUUUUAAAACUUAGCUUCAGAUUUUGCUUAUAAAUGAAGUUCUAACUUCAUUCACUAAUUAGUAAUUUUGUAGCUUCAAACACCUUGACUUUUAAACUUGAACUAUUUUAAUUUUAAUGCUUUGGCCAUUUCUAAUAUGUCUCUGUAAACUUUAUUUAUGCAAGCUAAAAAAAAAAAUAAUUAGGUUUAGUUUUCCUGUCUCCUGCUCAGCCCAGGGUAUUCAUUCCGUUUGUGUGCAUAUAAAGUUCUGACAGGAACCAGAUUGAAGAGGUAUUCUUCACACUGCUGCAGGGUAUGGGGUUUGUGUUUGCAAUUUCAUCUUGCUGCAAAAUUUCAGCCUUUUGGGCAAAACUGAAUGAGUUUCUGCAUCUUCAGAAGAGGAAAAGCUGACAUAUCUGGGCAGAUUUUACUCACCUUCGUACAACUUUUCCCACAUUUGAAAGUGGUCUAUACUUUAUCUUUGCCUUCGAUUGCUAGGGAAAAGUGGGGAGAUGCAUAGAAGGGAUUGAAAUAGUACUUUCAUAGAGGAGAAUAGGAGGGUGUUUGUAGAAUGCAGGCUAAUCCUGCAUAUAGGUGCUGUCCUGAAACCCCACAGUCAUCUUAAAAUGAAACAAUGGCUCCAUAACCCAAUGCUUAUGACAUGUUUUGUGUUAUAAAUAAACUUAUUUCAGUAGAAACUUUUUGCAGAAAAGCCCCUUUGAUGAGCAGGGUUAAGGAAGUUCUCUUGUAGGAAUGGUGCACACAUCUAGCCAUAACUUCGUUUCCUGAUGAGGUAGAUUACAAAUAGAGUUUUACUAUACAGUCUCUUCAGCUGGAUGCAAAUUAUUGGUUGUGGAAAGACAAGUGUAAAGAAAUAGAAAAUAACCGUAGUCUGCUAUUAGAGUGUGAACUUUAUAGUCUCUUAGUCUAAUGUGUUUGGAUUUUUUUUUACAAUUUUAUCUUUACAAUAAUAUUUUCCUUUCCUUAAAUUACUGAAUAGCCAGAGUGUUUCAUGAGACCUGCCUAUUAUCAGGAUAAUGAUUAAUGACAUCUGCAGAGCUCCAAGUAAAAUCUUUUGGAGUAAAAUAAUCUCUGUAAUUUUUUUUAAUUAUGCAUUUAAGAGUAUUCUGUAUCUGUAAAACAUUCAUGUAAAUGCUCCAUGUGGUACUAUUUUGGUACAUGGGGUUUGCAACAUUAAAGUAUAUUUUAUGAAUGUGUGAUAUUUUAUAUACCAUAUGUGAUGAUUUCUAAGAAAUAUAUUCAUUGCAGAAAGAAGCAUACUUCACACCCUUUGUGAGGUUUUGUUUAAGAGUAAACUCUGCAAUAGUCAAACAGCCCUCUUGGCUCGUCUGGGUGCCCACUGUAAAAUUGAGUCUUGUAUCCUACCUCUUUUCCCAUCUUUUUUACUAUUCUUCCCCCAUCCAACAUGCUCCUCCAAUCUUAUCCUUUCCCUUGACCUCUGGAGGGAGAAAAAUGCAAACCUGUGAGGCAAAAGUUUUCUCUCUUCUCUUUCCUCCUCCUCCCACCCUGUCGCUGAGAUUUGACAUGAGACAUCUUGCUGCCUGGGAGAGGUCACCUUUACCACUUAAGAUCAUUUAAGAUAUGUGAGCCUGGAGAUUGGUUGAUGCUUCUAUGCAUGAAUGAACAUUAACCUUGGUAUUUUCUCUCAUCUCUCCCUACUCCCUGCCAGAACCAAGGUUAUUGAAGUUAAUUAUAAGUGAAUGCAUCUCCCUGAGUGUAUUGCCUGAUAUUUCUUUAAUAUUCUUUGGACUGUAAAUGAUAGCGACCAUACAUAAAGUAUUUACCGCUUGAGUAAGGUACUAAAGGAGGCUGCUGCAGAUGGAAUCGCGAUGCAUCAUAUGUCAGCAUCUUUGAAAGGAAUGAGAAAAUGUCUUUACUCGUAGGGUUAAGCCUUCAAGGAGCCUGAGCGUAAUGCGCCACAGAGUGGAAGGAUGAGGUUUCACGGCCAUAACUUAUAGCAGUAAAGGUUUAUGAUUUGAAUCAUUCAGCCACAGGCUGAAAUUCACAGCAGCUGCGUACUCACACAGAGAGAUGUAGUUACCCUGAGUUACUUCCUAAAGUCACGUAUGUAUUUGCUCUUCAUGGUAGUGUCAACAGUCAUUUUCAAGAAUAAUAAGUGAAAUAAAAAUAGUGUAUUGAUAAAAUAUGUGUCCGAGUUGUUUCCAUGAUUUUAUUAUUAAUGUGUCGAGGAAUAUUGAAUUCUCCCACCUAGCUCCCACCAUCCCUUUUGCAAAAUGUUGGUCGUUGAACCCUACUUGUAAGGAGAGCUGGCAGGAUUUGUAGCAUUAAUAGUGGCAUUUUAAGCUUGAAGUGAAGUCUCAACAAUUGGCCCUUACUGGACUUGAUAAGCUCCUGUUAAUUUCUUAACUGUAUUGCUGGUACGUUCAUUUAAACUAUUUAAUUUGAUUUGGACAUGAUAGCAGAUAUUUGUACUUUUGCCUGUGGAUAUAUCCAAACGUCUCUGGCUAUCAAGAUCAUUAUAAUGGCAAUUGUCUGCACACUGGUUAACUUGCACUCUGCACCAUGAGCGCAGUACUCCGUUUAUGAAGAUCACAACCAGUCUAAAGUUGAUUAUCUGUACUGUAUAGAAGAGACUGUUUGCUGCACCACCAUUGUUUGUCGAAGUUUUUGCAUUCAAAAGGGUGACUAAGAUACAGUGCCAUUUGAAAUCCUGACAGGAAAUAUUUAGAAAGUUCAGAAACUGCUGGUAUAGAUCAGUCGGACCAAACUUGUAUCUACAACAUUCUGGUUGUAAGGGUUGGAUAUGGGAACUCUAAAGAUGUAAUUAAGUGGUUGAGCAUUCCAAGACUUCAGUAUACCACUGCAUUUUGAGACUUGACUCUGGUAUUUCUACUGCAAAUUUAUUGGAAAAUAAUUUGCAGUAGAUUUCAGGGAGAUGACCAGUUAUUAUUAAUCUCAUAUAAGGCAUUUUUUAUAAAUUCCAACAUCUCAGAACACAACCUGUUGUUUCCUUGCGUAGUGAUAACCACACUUGUCACUGGGGUGUGUGGUACUAAUACAAAUAUUUUAAACAUUUUAGUGGUGCUUGAUCUUGUACAUUCUAUAAAAGAAAUGCAUGUCAGUUAUAAACCUAAUGAAUGAAGAAAGCAAUGGGUGCGCGAUGUAUGUGAUCAAUAAUGAUUUACAGUUUAUGUAUUGUACGCUUUGCCUACUGAGUAAUCCAUGGCAGUAGCACAUUUAGAAUGAUCAUAUAAAUAUUAUUUUAAAUGUUAACCCAACU